UUAAAACAGGGAAUACUCUGCUGACAAUCUAAUAUUGUCAGGGUUUGAAGGUCCGGAGUUAACAUUCACAACAGUGCUGAACAGUGUGCCAGUCAUUGCCCUAAUGCCAGUUGAUAUUUCAGAUACCGUACUUUCCUAUUUUCUCAAGUUAAAAUCGGAAUAUCUAAUAAAUGACGCUACAUUACACACGUUGUCAUGGAUACAAUAGAUAAAACAACUAAAACCACCAUGUAUUGGAAUUAUCAUUGUGUAUACUAGUAAUAGAUUAACUGGUCCAAUCCAGGCAAAACUUUGUGAACAUCUUGGAAUACACAUGCGUGUGUGAAUUUAUCUAAUAUAAAUAAUCAAUACUUGAUGAAGUACUGUUGCUAGAAAAUUAUAAUUUUAUAGACUUUAUAGUUCAAUUUAAAAAAAAAUGGAACACGACUUGACAGAAAAUCGUGAAGUUCAGACAUCUUUACCUUCGUCUAUUAAAACUAUUCCUACAGGAAUAGCUGAUGCAUCAUCAAUAUCUGAUAUCACGACCAAGAGCGACUUGAGUUCAGAAUGUCUCUCGGUGACAAAAUUAGAUUCAUUGUACACAAACUCAAUGAAAAUAUUAGUACGGCGAAGCAACACAAUAGUGGAUCAUGAUACAACUAAUCGAAUCUCAGCCGUAGAAGGAAUAAGACGCCCACCAGAUGACGAUACUCCCUGUACUCUGGAAUGUUGCCGGCUUAAGCCAGGCACAAUGGCAGCUUCCGGGAGUUCUUUAGCGUGUAACCAAACUGUUUAUGAAGCAGCCUUGUCUAAUCUGCACGGAAGAUCAGCCACGUGGUUGCCGGACAACAGCACGGCAUCAAGACCACACCUUUUAUUAAAGUCAACACGGAAUGACUGUCAGGGAAAACAGUCUACACUUAGGGGAGGUUUGAUCGGUGUCUCUGUGGACCAAAACCGAACGUACCGACCUCAGACCAUAUCAGCCACUAAAACGCCCUCACUGGGUAGAAGUCGCACAACCUUGUCAUCUGGCGCUAGACAUUGUGACGCUUGCUCAGUUAAAGAUUUACAGGAAUGGUUUAAAACGCAUCCGUCAUCAAUUGGUCGAUCGCCACGCGGUCAAUCUGAUUUAACCCAUCUUAUGAUUGGACGGGAGAAGUCUCAAGUGUUUUUAGUAAAUAAACCCUUACUGGAUACGACUGACUCAAACACGAAGGAAGUCUUGUUACCAAUGACAACGGUUCCAAAGAAAGGUCUGAUCAAACUAACAUGUGUUGCAGAGGAAAGUUUACAAGAGAAACAAAAACACACAGGUAAACAGUGUAGGAGGGAGCCCAUCAGAUAUUUAAUCAGAAAUAAGGAUGUUUUAAAGGCGAUUAAAUCAAGUUUUAAUCGAUUACAUGAACACAAAUCAUCCAUAGAUCAGCCACUUAAUGAUUGUAACAAACUAACUACGCAGGAUCUGAGACGUCAUGUUUUAGACGACAAGACAUUACAUAAUUGUCUUUGAUAUUUCCUGAUUCUCCGUGCGGAUCGAUUGUUCGUAAAUCAGACAUAAACAGCACCAGUAUUUUAGAACUGAAAACAUAUGGAGGUACUUCCCCCCCAGGAAAUGUUCACAAUACUAUGAUGAAUCAUCGCUAAGAAAGAUUCCAACAUUAAUGUCAUUCUUCAGGAAAAAUAAUACUUUAAUAAUUGGAGUUUUAUCACAUAACAGCAUAGUUAUUAAAAUAACUUUCAGUUGUAGUUUGUCAUGUAUAAACCGUAAAACCACUUGUCGAAAAUUGCUUGCUAUUUCCUCA